UAUACUCGCAUAGACAUGACCUUUGCCUUUGCCAACCUGGGCUGUCCCAAGAACCACGUGUUGCUCAAGUUGACCGCUCAAGCCCUGAACAGCGUGAUCGGGCGUAGCGACCUGCAGAACUAUGUGCUGAAGAAGAAAUACCAUCGACUAGAGUACCUGCAGCGUCUGGCGGCCACUGUGGGCGGUAUAGUCAUCUACAACAACGAUGGACCGGAUGGGGACCGGGAAAAUGUGAGAUAUAGCGUCCUGGAAAUGGCUCAGAAGAACACGAGCUCUGCCUUCCAGCUGGCUCUGGAUGGAGCGGCCAAGAUGCAGUCGCUAAGCCAAGCGGCCAUCGAUGAGAUGAUUUAUCUGGAUCCCAAGGACACAACGAUGACCUAUCGCGUGCCUCUUGAGCACUUGCAGCGACUCAAUCAGUUCACCAUCAAGCGUUGCCUGGAUGCAUUGCAUCGCAGCUAUGAAAGCACCGUCUAUCUCAUUGAGGUGGAGCGAAAGCACUACGAGUGUGUGGUGGCAAAGAUAAACGACACUCUGCCCAUGCGCACGGCCAUCGACCCGGAGCUGAUAUUCCCGCACUUUGUGUACAUCUCGCAGGUUUGGAGUAAUCUGAAUAACUUCCUCAAUCACGUAGUCGAGCUAAACAAGUUGCGGGAGCAACUGGAAAUACUGGUGCCUGCUCAGAUCAAGGAUGCGGCAGAGGCUACAAUUGCCGAGCUCCAGGCGUUGCACAAACGCAUCAAGGUGCCGCAUAAAACAAAAUUUCUUGAUCGCAUAGCCGUCAUGACCGACUACCACACGGACGGGAACUUUUGCAGCUUGGCCCAGGCGGAUAUCAAGGAUUUUUGUGCCCUGACCUUGACCAUAACCAACCGGCUUUUGUUGCCAGCAAAAGUGACGCGAAAGCUCUGCAUGAAUGUGGACAUAACAUUUGGUUUGAGGGACCACAUGUACACCAGGUUCACGGAGUUCUGCUUCGAGCAGUUUAUACCGGCCUUCAGGAAAGUGAUCUUUAAUAGUGCCAACUUGGCGUUGCUCUUUAAGCUGGACGAAGCUCUCAUAUCCCAUGAUCUGCAGGACUUGAUUGUGGAGCCUCCGAAGCAAAGAGAUUUCGCGGGUCAAACCGAAAUGGUGGUCACCAAUGACUUGUCGACCCCGAACUGGAAAAAUGUGACAUGGAAUGUGUGGGACUACCACCGCGAGACCAUCCACAUGGCAGAGAUACGAAAGCGACAGACUCACGAUGCCCAGACAAAGAUCAGCUAUGGCCAGCGCAAUGCCCAGAACCAGACCUACAACACACGACAGCACAAAUGAGAAGCGAUGCUGAGAAGAGCUUCUAACUCACC